AUGCUAACGUUACUCCUAGACCUCUCUGAAUAUCCACAUUCACAUAGAUACCUGAUCUAUUCGACUUCAGCUACUGUGCCAUCCGCUGUUGUCGAUGUCCUUGAUGUUGUUCAAGCUGCUGUUGCAGGAGCACCACUCUGUGACCUCCUCAAUACCAUCAGUGAUGCAUUGGAGAAGGCCUUUUCUAUGACCAACCAUGAAGAUACGCCCCGAAACCUGGCAACCGCCGACACACCCUCCGUUGAAGAUAUUACGUUUUUGGGUUCUGAUUAUGAGAUGGACUGGGAGGAUGAGUUCUUCGACGAGGAUCAGCAGUUCUUUGGGUCAGAUUAUAAAACCUCGGGAUCAUCAAAAAAGCUAAGCGCUGAUCUCCGUGUUGCCAAGGCAGCCGGUUUCAAAGUGGGUUAUCUGGGAGACACAAAUGGAUCCGUUAUCGUUUCAAUAUCGUGCCGUAUAGCGAAAAUGAUCAUUUCAGAAGAGGCAAUGCAGGCAUGGGAUGUACAACCAUCUCAAUACCUGGUACUAUUACUUCGCUAUCCUAAUGGUUAUUUCAACACAAAGAAGAUACUGGGAAUGAAUAAUGCUUCGUCAUCGGUACAAAUGCAUGUCGGUCUUUGCGCCUCCUACAAGCCAAGCAUGACUGAGGCUUUUCAAGCAUUCACACGCACCUCUGCUAUUCCCAUGUCAGACUCGAAGCCUCCAUCCGAGUCUCAAGAAGUUGGGAAGUUGCAACCACUGUUUCUAGAGGCACCUUUAGUGUCACUUCUCAACGAACGAUUUAUCGCAAUACUUAGAAUCAGACAUCGUCGGUCUUUCUCGUGGUCUGGAGCAGAAUCAUUCUUCAACCAGGGCCAAGGCUUGAUGGCAGACUGUAAAAAGCCCCAGGACUCUUCGCAAUAUCAUGGCGAGGCUGAUUGCGGUGAAACACUACGACACUUGGUUCAAAAUGACCAUUUUGUCGACUCUGAUGAUCUAGAGCUGCUUUCCUUCCCAUUGCUGGCAAUGCAGUUCACCUUGCGACAUUUCGUGAAGUGCACGAAAUUCUGCCUUGUCUGCCAUUGCAAAAUCGACGCUAACUUUGAAGCGCUGAAACCGUAUGUUUGCAGCAAACCUUUGUGUCUGUUCCAGUAUAUGUCACUUGGUAUGGGCCCUAGUGUUGAAUGGGAGAUUCGCAGACAGCCUCUCGUAGUUGACCUGCUCAUUAGCUUUGCGUUUGCUAGCGCUGCUGCCGGAAGCAUGGUCGAUCUCCCAACUGGUCUUAAAAUGAUGGUACCUCGCAUUUAUGAUAAAAAGAGUCUACGCUCUGGUUCCUUUCAACGAUCAGAUAUGCAGCUCACGGUCGAAGCUAGCGAGAAGGAGCCCUUUUUGUCACCUGGCGAUUGGAUUCUUAUAGAGCUGCCUGGAUACGGGGGAAUUCAUCACUGGCAUUGUCGAGUUGAAGGCACAAAUUCAUGGCCUGUGGUUAACAUUUCAGAGCCGAUUGUACAACCAUUGGACUGGAAAAAGUACGGUGAUAUAAAAAGCUCUCUAAGUAUAAAAUAUAUCGUACAUGACACGAAUUUCGAUGACAUGGAAGAUGGAGAGAAUAAGCAGAAAGUUAUUUUGAAUCUCCUCAAAUCACUCCCAGACGUUCUCACAAUGAAAACGUGGUUGGACUCAGAACCGUCAGGCUCUACUAGGCUUUUGUCUUCGUGGGAGAAGGUCCCACCUGCUGCGCUUGAUCUUCUACGGUGGAUUGUGGCAUCCAACACAUCCUGCAUCAUGCAAGAUGGGGAUAUUUCGAAGGGAAACAAGUCAAGUUAUAACUUCAUCUCCGGCAUGGGUGACUACUUACAGUUCCGGUUCGCUCAAGGCUCUCCCGACAAGGAGGAGAAAUUCAUGUCUGCAGUACGUGAAGUCAAGUCUGAAUAUCCAACCAUUUUCGCUUGGCAUGGAAGUUCAAUUUCCAACUGGCAUGGAAUAAUUAGAGAGGGAUUACAUUUCAAGAAGGUUUCCAACGGUCGAGCUUAUGGACAUGGUGUUUACAUGGCUCAGCAUUUCUCUACAUCGCAGCAGUAUACCGGCCAUUGUAUACCGGAAGCAUGGCCAAAUACCGUUUUGAACAUCAGCCAUACCCUCUCCUUGAAUGAGGUUGUGAACAAGCCCAGCAAGUUUGUUCAUUCUUCUAACGGGAUAUACGUUGUGGAUCAGAUCGACUGGAUUCAGACUAGAUAUCUGUUUGUUAAAUGCGAAGCGGAGGUGGCGAAGCUCAUGAAUCAGCUUAGAGACGUGCCCGUAGCAAAGGAUGCCGGUCAAAAGAUCUUUUAUACUCAGGAUCCCAAAUACAUUGUCAGUGGAAGCCAUUCGCAAAAGAUUCAGAUUCCAAUCACUCUGUUUGGUCAGAGUCGAUGUCGUCUUCAAGAGCCAAAAAAGGUUCCUAAAGGGAGCAAAAAGGAGGGCAAAAAGCGAAAAUCAGGGUCUACUGAGGAGAAUAAUAAUGAAUAUGCAGACGAUGACGACAACAUGAGUGUGGCAACAUUAGCGGAAGAUAUCGAAAUUUUGUUUUCAGAUGGACCUUGCGAGGGCUCAGAGAAAAGAGACAAAGGAAAGGAAAAAGAAGGAUCAUUGAACAAGAAAGCAAAAGAGGCAGCCACCACGACGGGCUUCGAGCCGGGCGCACUGACCGAGUCCUCAAUAACCAUUCUCCAGCCACCGUCAUAUGCAACAAGUUCUGCCACAAAGGCGCUUCAGCAACGGCUCCUCCAGGCGCUCAAGGUGCAAGAAAAGGAAGAAUUAGAUGAGCUAGGAUGGUAUAUCGACCCUCAACUUAUCACCAACCCUUACCAAUGGAUCGUGGAGCUCCAUUCCUUCGAACUCACGCAUCCACUGGGGAAGGAUCUCCACAAGGCCAGAAUACAAAGCAUUAUCCUCGAAAUGCGAUUUCCAUCCGACUUUCCCAUGUCGCCGCCAUUUGUCCGAGUCAUUCGCCCGCGACUACUAGAAUUCAAUCGCGGAGGCGGCGGCCACGUCACUAUGGGGGGAGCAUUGUGCAUGGAAUUACUUACUAGUUCAGGCUGGUUACCGACCUUUUCAAUUGAGAAUUUGCUCCUCUCAAUCCGCCUGGCGAUGUGCUCCAUGGACCCUAGGCCAGCGCGGUUGUCAUCUGGCUCAGGGGUGCAGGACUAUUCAGUUCAUGAAGCUGUGACUGCCUAUAUCAGGGCUUGCGGCCAGCAUGGAUGGAAGAUUCCUGAGAACUUUACGAAGAUGGCAUGGUGA